AAAAUUCUUUAUAUUUUGAUUCAUUGUGUAUGAUAAAGAGUGGAAAAAGAAUGGAAAAAUAUCUAGUCGUUAUCAAAUGGUUUCAAUUAUUAUAUAUUCAACUGUUAUCUGCUGCAAUAGUAGAAAGCAUUAAAAGUAAUGAGGUUGUUACACAACUUGGUAAUGAAAGACUUGAUAGAUCGCAUUUGAUAAAUGCAAUAUCAAUGAAUAUUACAACGACAGGAAAAUCUUUAUCUAAAAUGACAGAUUGCAGUUUGCUAUCGAAUUGUCUUCGAUGCAAUGUAAAUGGAUGCAUAAAAUGUACAAAUUUCUUAAUGAAAGAUUCACGCCAAUGUUUGGAAAAAUGUCCAAAUAAUUACAUUAAUCAAUGGUCAACCAGCUCCGAAUUGAUGGGACAAAUAUGUGUUCAAUCGACUGUAUAUAAUUCUAUACAAACUGUUUUAGUUGGUAUUAUAUGUGGAGCUUUUCUCUGCGUUCUCGUUGUUUUCAUAUCUGCAAUCAUUUUAAAAAAGAGACAACAGAAACUCCAUAAAAAAUUAAUAAAAGAUCAGUUAAUUAAUGAUGAAUUUGACCAAUUAGAAUUUAUUAGGCAAUUAGAUGACUUGCGACCAUACAGUGAAUAUUUUCUUUUUAUGCUAAACGAUACUAGAAAGCAAAUUAGAAAAUCAUAUCUCUCGGGUGACACAACAGCUGCUGCAAAAUUUUAUCCAAUUAUUCGUGAUCUUGCAAAAAUAUUAAUUCUUUUGAACAGACAGAUUGAAGUGAUUGAUGGUCCACCACAUGAUUGGAAUCGUCUUCUUCAAUGGGCUGACAGAAUUUUAGCCCAAUAUAAAUCACAACUACAAACUAAAGAAUUUAUUGAAUUUCUUCAAUCAUCGUCAUCGCAUUCAUCUUCACGUAUAUUUAAUAAUGAAGAUACACGUCUGGUUAGUGAUCAUACAACAUUUAAAAGCCUUUUCUACUCAACACCGGUCGUACAUAAUCGGAAAAAAAUUAUAUUACCAUCAAUUGAAUCUGAUUUGACAAAAAACACAAAUAUUAAUCAAAAAUUAGCUAAAGAUGUAAGCUACAAAAGCACUCAGAUAAAUUUUGACAUUUCGCCAAGAAAAUAUAUUCAUACUGAAAAUAAACAAGAACUAAGUCAAUCCGAUCACGUUCAUAAUGAUAAGAACAAAAGUGGAAGUUUAAUUUCGUUACAAGAUUUUGUCAAUGAAUCCCAUCUUAAAAUUGUUGAUAAGAAGCACUACCCAAGUAAUUUUGAAAGUGACCUAGAACAUAUAAAUUCGUAUCAGUCAAAAGGAAGCCUUCAAGUGGUAGAUGAUGAUUUAAUAGAAUUUAAGCUAGGAUUAAGACCACAAGAUGAAAUAAUAACAGAAUUAUGAUUAUGAUAACG